CAAGCCCCCCCCCAGCCACUGACGCACUCCUCUUGAGAAAUUCGGCAAAAAGGCUUGAACUUUCCUCUUCUUUCCUUGUUAAAUCAUAAGAUUUGGGGCUUAGAAUCUUCCCUCUCAACCCAGAAAAUCCCGGAUCUGCUCUGCUCUUUUCCCCUGUCCGCUGGCUGCUAUGUGGGUUUGAAUUUCUGGGCAUUUUUCGGUCCGUGAGUUUCCCCUGCAAAUGCCGCCGGCUUCUUCUCCCUGCUAGGUCCGGUUCUUGCUGGAAAUUUCUGGUAUGAUGGCCACUUCUUUAAGCCCUAAAUUAGCCAUUUAAUUGCUGCCUUGUGUGUGUCUGAAUUGUGCCAGAAAUGGGGAGGAAUUCCGGUAGCAUUUAGUAGCAUUUUAAAUGUGUUUUAAGCUUGAUUAAGUAGAAUUGAGCUUGAAUUAGCUGCUGUGAUGUUUUGUGUGAAAAUUCUGUGUGUGUGAAUUGUGAUUUGCCAAAGUUAUGCUCUCCCUGUGCUGCCGUGAGAAAUGGGAAAUUUUUGGUAGAUUAAGUUAUGUUUUUAAGCUUGGUUUAAGUGUAAAUUAGCUUGAAUUGGGUUGUUGUGAUUUUGGAGUGAAAUCCCGUGAAUUAGCUAGUGUUUUGGCCAAAUUGUGGAAGUUGGAGUUACUGUUCACAUCGUGAGCACUGUUUACGGGUACCGUUCGUAGGCACUGUUCACACCCCGAGAGUUGACAAUUAACGGGGAUUUAAAUGAUUAGUUUGUGAUAUAAGAAUGAAUUUGGAGAUAUUUGAUCAUGUGGAGAUUUAUGGAAAUAGCUUUGUGAUUAGGAAUGAUCCUAAUGAUGAUUUCAGUGUGAAUUUUAUGACUGAUUUGAAGUGAAAUGUUUUAUGCUUUUCAUUAAAUUGAGCAUGCCUACUUGAAAUUUAAGUGAUUGUCCUGAUGAUCUGAAAGUGAUUGUGAAUUGUGAUUUUCCUGUUAACUUCUGCCUGUUUUGUCUCCGAUAUGGUCAUGUUAUUCGUGUGCCCGCUAGUAGGAGGUUUAUAAACGCUAGCACAUGUCAACAUGUUCGUGAUAGAACCGAUUCGCUCGUGGCCCUACUAGUGGGGAUUAUACACUAGUACUCGUGUGCCCGUCAGUGGGAGGUUUAUAAACGCUGGCCGUGACCUAUAGAGGAGACGUCUAUUUUGUGCCCGUAGUGUGCCCCCAGACUCGGAAAUCAAGGGGAGUGACAUGAUAAAAGGCUAGCCACUUGAGAUUUGACAUAGAUUUUAGAUACAUGUACACCACGCUCUUGUAAGUUAGAUUUUAAUUGGAAAUUUUAUGGUAUCAAAACUGAUUUUGUUCAGUAAGUUCCGAGCCUUGUGCAUUUGUGGGACCCGUCUCACGAGUGCACGGCGUUUGUCGCGUCUCGGAUUCGGGUUCUAGGGCGUGACAUGUUGCUUAAUCAAUAACAGUUCCUCCCCAAAAGCUUGAUUUUGUU